AUGUCGAUUACCGUUUCUUCUUUCUCGCUGAUGCCAUUUGGGACUCUCUCACUCUUGAUUAAUUACAGGGUACCACACUUUCAUUUUUUUUUCAUUUUUCUUUCUUUUUUCCUUCUUUCUUCUUUCUUUCUCUUUUUCCUUCUUUUUUCUUUCUUUUUUCCUUCUUUUUUCUUUCUUCCUUUUUCCUUUCUUCAUUUCUCCUUUUUUCUUCCUUUUUCCUUUUUUCUUUCCUCAUUUUUCCUUUUUUCUUUCUUUUUUCCUUCUUUUUUCUUUCCUUCUUUUUUUUUUCUUUCUUUUCCUUCUUUUUUCUUUCUUUUUUUCAUUCUUUUUUCUUUUUUCCUUUUUCCUUUCUUCAUUUCUCCUUUUUUCUUCCUUUUUCCUUUUUUCUUUCCUCAUUUUUCCUUUUUUCUUUCUUUUUUCCUUCUUUUUUCUUUCCUUCUUUUUUCUUUCUUUCUUUUUCCUUCUUUUUUCUUUCUUUUUUCAUUCUUUUUUCUUUUUUCCUUUUUCCUUUCUUCAUUUCUCCUUUUUUCUUCCUUUUUCCUUUUUUCUUUCCUCAUUUUUCCUUUUUUCUUUCUUUUUUCCUUCUUUUUUCUUUCCUUCUUUUUUCUUUCUUUCUUUUUCCUUCUUUUUUUCUUUUUCCUUUCUUCAUUUCUCCUUUUUUCUUCCUUUUUCCUUUUCUCUUUCCUCAUUUUUCCUUUUUUCUUUCUUUUUUCUUUUUUCCUUCUUUUUUCUUUCUUUCUUUUUCCUUCUUUUUCUUUUUUUUCUCUCUUUCUUUUUUUUCUUUCUUCCUUUUCAUUUAACUGGAAUAUAAAUAAGGAAAAGCAGUAA